UUCGUAACCCGCCAAUAAAUCCACAGAAGAAGAAAAAGAAGGUCCUCACAGGGACAGCGCGUGUGACGCACUCUGCGCGCGGGACCUGCCGGGCUGUGCUCUACCAUUAUGGCAUUUAACUUCGGUCAACCGGGAACUGGAAGCUUCUCUUUUGGACCCCCUAAGACUACCGCUGCCCCCACCACAGGCUUCGGGCUGCCGCCCAGCGCUCCUGCAGGAGGAGGAGGAGGAGGAGGAGGAGGAGGCUUCUCUUUCGGGGCAGGACAACCCCAGACGCAGACCUUUGGAAGCCAGCCGUCUCAGAUCGCAGGACUCCUCGCGCAGCCACCCCAGAAUAAUGGAAGCGCACCGGGUGGAUUCAGCUUCGGAGCGCAGGCUCAGAGCACCGCCCCCAGUGGAGGCUUCUCUUUCGGCGCCUCUCUUCCUAAACUCAGCACACCGGUGGCGUCUCAGCCUGUGACCACGAGCGUGACUCUCGGGACUUCAUCUGCUGGCGCGGGCUUCAGUUUCGGAGGCCUCCCCACUCAGACGACUACAACCCAGCCGCCUCUGGGCGGAUUUAGCUUCGGGACGCCCAAAGUCCAAGCACCCGCAGCCGCCCCAGCUCAGCCCACCCCUGCGCUCUCUCUAGGGCCUCAGCCCACAGGUCUGACUCUUGGAGCUUCUACCACUGCCUCCACGGCCCCAACAACAGCAAUUAACUUUGGAAUUAAAACGUCAGCCACCCCGGCCCCCUCCAGCUCAGCACAGAGUCAGUCCCUGACGGCUCCGGUGUCCUCUCUGUUUGCUGCUCCUAUAGCCUCAACACCAGCCUCAGGAUUCACUCUGGGCUCGUCGAUGGCCUCGGUGGCUCCUGUGGUGACCUCGGCCUCCAGCGCUCCCACCAGCCUGUCCCUGAAGCCUCUGGGAGUCGCUCCUGCUAUAAGCACAGCAGCGGCUGCUGCUGCCAGCACCGGAGCCACUACUGGCUUUUCUCUGGGACUGAAGACCGCAGCGCCUGCUGCAGCAGCCACCAUCACCUCCACCUCCACCGCCGUCGUCACAGCCAGCACUGCUCCGGUGAUGUCUUACGCUCAGCUGGAGGCUUUGAUUAACAAGUGGAGCUCAGAACUGGAAGACCAAGAGCGGCACUUUCUGCAGCAGGCUACUCAGGUCAAUGCCUGGGACCGCAUGCUGGUGGAGAACGGAGAGAAGAUAACGUCCUUGCAUAAAGAUAUGGAGAAGGUGAAACUGGACCAGCGAAGGUUGGAUCAGGAACUGGACUUCAUCCUGUCUCAGCAAAAGGAGCUGGAGGAUCUUCUCGGCCCGUUAGAGGAGUCCGUGAAGGAGCAGAGCGGAACCAUUUACAUGCAGAACGCAGAUGAAGAGCGAGAAAGAACGUACAAGCUGGCAGAAAAUGUGGAUGCCCAGCUCAAGAGAAUGUCCCAAGAUCUGAAAGAGAUCAUUGAACACCUGAACACAUCCAGCGGUCCUGCCGACACCACGGACCCGCUUCAGCAGAUCUGCAAAAUCCUCAACGCACACAUGGACUCCCUGCAGUGGGUAGAACAAAACUCUGUUUUACUCCAGAGGCGAGUGGAGGAGGUCUCGAAGCUGUGUGAAAGCCGCAGCAAGGAACAAGAGAAAAGCUUUCGUUUAAACUUCCAGUAAUCACGUUUUUCCCCUCUCUUUUUUUCAAUCAGAUGUAAAUGAAUGUCAUUGUUUUUUGAUAUUUGCUUCAAAAUAAAAUUUCUUUCUACCCCAUUUGAUCUUAA